CAUACGAAAGAAAAAAGUGGGGGAAUCCAAUAAACAGAUCCAACGAAUUUUACCAAGACCACUGAUAACUGCCAUCUGCGUUCUUAAUAGAUCAAGCAAAGCUACAUAUAUACUUAUAAUGGAUAUCCAGAAUGGGGCAUGGUUUCCUGAACUAGAUAUGGAAUAUCCUCAUGAGCUCAUGAAUCAACCAGGAAUAUAUUCUUAUAGCGAGUUAGCGGAAGUAUUUUCUUCACAAGGCUACAAAGGUUAUGAGAAUCUGACCACCAGAAACCAACAUAUUGGUGCAACCACCACUAAUUUAGUCAUGCAAGAAAGUAAUAUGGCCACUUCAACCAGCUCUUUUGCUCCUAUUUUUGGAUCAUCACUCAACACUUUCAAUAUAUCUUUUGGGGACAUCACUUCACCAGCAACCAUAAACCAAAAGGAAAUCUCUGGAGGAUACAAAUUGGAUUACCAUAAUGCAUUGAAAGCUACAGAGAAGAUGAAUCUCAAUGAACUUCAUGGAUCCAUUGAGCUCCCUAAAAGAGUUUCCAGUACAACUAGAAGAAACCGUAGACAAGCCCAAGACCAUAUCUUGGCGGAAAGGAAGAGAAGGGAGAAGUUGAACCAACUCUUCAUGUCUUUGUAUGCUCGCCUGCCUGAAAUUAAGAAGAUGGACAAAGCUACGGUGCUUGAAGAUGCAAUUAAGUAUAUUAAACACCUUCAAAACCGCGUGAAGGAACUCGAAGAAACAUCAAUUACUGGAAAUAAUAUCAUCCACGAAUCAACAGCUUCGAUGAAGACAUCCAAAUUUCAUGGUGGUGAUGAACUUGAUCAUGCAUCUUCUUUUGAUGAGACAAUUUCUUUACCUUGUAACAGAUCUUAUAACCCUGGGAUUAAAGUAAGAAUAUCAGGAAACAGCAUACUUGUGAGAAUUUACUGCCAAAGAAAUUCGUUGCUUGCAUUAAAAGUCCUCGCUGAAAUGGAGGGACUUCAUUUCACCGUCAUGUAUAACAACGCUCUUCCAAUCUCUGGCAAUGAUGCUCUAAUAACCAUAAUCGCUGAGAUGAGCGAACAGUUCGUCAUAACUUCCAUGGAUCUUGUAAAAUGCUUAGGGUCAGCUCUUUCGAAUUUUCUAUGAGAUGCUUGAGGAUUUGAUAGCAGAUUGUUGUAUGGAACAAGCUUCCUUUUUUGUAUUAUGAGAUGCUUGAGGAUUUGAUAGUAGAGUGUUGCACGGAACUAGCCUCCUUUUUUGUAUUUUUUGUGAUAAUAUAAUAGGGCUUCAAACUAUAUGCUCAAAUUUAUCAGAUAUAUAUAUUUCCAAUAUUUGAAUAACAGGGCU